AUGUCUAUUUUAGCCUGGGGACGAUUGGAAAGGGUCGAAACGACAUCGCAAAGAAAAAUCUUGCGUUUGCUGUCGACAUUGUGUCAUCGACGUACCGUAAACUUUGACGGGUACAAAUUUAACGUGAGCAUCUUUGAUCAGGGUGUGGAAGGAAUGAAAAUUCGAGGGAAAAUCGAUCCUGGCUCUAUUUACGUUCAUUCGGGAGGAUACAAUUCGACCAGUGGAAUUCUGCUGGGAGUGUUGGCACUAAAAACAAACUUCACGGUGAACGUCGUCGAACCCGUCGAUAACAAAAUCUAUGGUUAUCAGAUGGGAAACGGCUCGUACACGGAAGCCAUAGGUGACGUGGUACGGCAUAAAGUGGUCGCUUCGUUCGCUUCUUUCUUCGUGAAACGCUACGCUAACAAUGAUCGUAUGGAAUUUACCACAACGGUGGGUUUUGAUGAAGUUUGCGUCAUAACUCCGAGGGCGGGCAAAAUACCAAAGGGUUUAAGGAUGUAUCGAAUCUUUCGGUGGUCCGUGUGGUUGUGCAUCAUACUCUCCUAUGUUUUCGCCUACCUCGCUUGGUACUAUGCUCGAUUGCUCGAAUCACGAAGUCCAAAGCUGAAGAAACUGGACGGUCAAAGAAUAGCUCUCCACACACUGCUCAUAAUAUCGGGUUAUCCAAUCCCAUUGCCAGCGACAAAGAGCGAGAGAUGUCUUCUGUUAGGUCUCUUUAUUAGUAGUGUUACUAUAAUUGGCGUAUUCAACGGCGCGCUUUAUACGAUGUUCGCGAACAACAUGCAUUAUAAGGAAAUCGACACUCUGGAAGAAUUGGACGCAUCUGGACUCCCGAUUGGUUGCACGAGGAACACAAAAGAUAUAUUCGGUACGGAGAAUGACGUGAACUUGAACCCGGUUCGGAGGAGAUUGCAGAAGAAAAUGGUUUAUGCGCGCGAUAGCAUGGAAAUGGCUGCUGUUUAUCGUAAUGUGACUAGUUUACUCAGGAAACAGCAUUAUACGUUGUUGAGUGGACCUUUGAGAGGCAGGCAUGGGGAAAAAUUGGUGCAUCGUAUGAGGGAAUGUCCAGCAAACAGAGACGGUUGCAGUUUACGGAACAGUGAACCUGAAUUAAAUAAAAUCUAAAUUGACUGAAAAGAGAGUAAAUCAAGUUAAAUGAGACUUGCGGUAAUAAAAGAUCCCAAAAGUGAGGAAAAAAGAGACGGAACGGUUUUCUAAAUAAAUGCGAGAAUUCACUCGAUUAAAACGACACGUUUGAUAGGACAUCAAAGUUUAUACAAGUAUUGACUUUAAAUAAAAUACAAAAGCUUCAGUAACGUCGAUAAAAAAGAAUUUUAUUCUUUCUGUCGUUCAUCUCUCUGCGGAUAGAAAUCGAAUAUCGCACGUAGUCAAAAGUAUAAAAAAAAAGAAACAGAUCUCUCUGAUUCGAACAAUCUUUGACGUCCAUCCCCAGUGUUUAGAGAACAAAAAAUCUCUUUUAUUGGAGUUUCCAUAUCAUCGAAGAGUAACGCCAUUGUGUACACGAAUUCCAGACAAAUAUUUUCUAGCUUGCGUUCUGCCCAGAAAUUCGUUUCUUCGGGAAAGGAUCAACACCUUGAUCAGUAGAUUGAAUCAAGCCGGAUUGCCGACAUUAUGGAGAACUCGGACGAUGUUGGAAA